AUGAACAUCGUUCUCUCCAGGGACAGCCAGGUGCGGGUGAUGGAGGACACGGUGACCAACGCCGAGAAGUACUUCGGCCAGUUCUGCUCGCUGCUGGCCGCCUACACCCGCAAGACAGCCCGGCUGCGCGACAAGGCCGACCAGCUGGUCAAGCAGCUCAUCGACUUUGCCAACACGGAAAACCCAGAGAUGAGGGCCGCCCUGAGGAACUUUGCCGAGGACCUGGCCAAAGUGCAGGAUUACCGGCAGGCGGAGGUCGAGAGGCUGGAGACCAAGGUUGUCAACCCCCUGAAGCUGUACGGGGCACAGACAAAGCAGACCCGGGCUGAGAUCAAGAAAUUCAAACACGUCCGGAACAACGAGAUCAAACAACUGGAAAAGCUGGAGAAACUGAGGCAGAAGUCCCCUUCGGAUAGACAGACCAUUUCCCAGGCGGAGACCAGUGUGCAGCGGGCCUCGGUGGAUGCCAGCCGCACCUCCCACCAGCUGGAGGAGACGGUCGACGCCUUCCAGAAGCAGAAGCUGAAGGACCUACAGAAAAUUUUUUCGGACUUUGUGACCAUUGAGAUGGUCUUCCAUGCCAAAGCGGUGGAGGUGUAUUCCAGUGCCUUCCAGACUCUGGAGAGCUACGACCUGGAGAGAGACCUGGAGGAUUUUAGAGCCAAGAUGCGAGGAGUUUAUAGGCGUUAUGACGCUCGGCCGCUCACGGACACCACCCCAUCCCAGACUGUCCCAUGUACCGUCCCCAGCCAGACCGCCUGGAGCACCAUACCAAGCCAGAGAAAAGAAGCAGCGAGUGAGGAGGACUCUGCCGAGGAGGACCCCGUGGAGGACCUCAGGGCACAGGGCCAGGGGCUCCAUCAAUAG